AGCCAAUCAAAGACCAAAUUUCCCAUCCCUCGUAGAGUAUGUGAUGCAAGACUAAAUCCACAGGUGUUGGUUCAGAAAAAGGCAUAAUGGUAUUGAAACUGUGAAGUGGUCUGCCAACUUACUUUGGCUCCUAACCAAGAGGCUUUGGAUUCAAGAAGGUGACUCUAGAGCCAUCUUCAACUGGCAACAGGGAGGGGAGCUGGUGUUCCCCAUUCCACAGCUGGAGAAACCCAGAAUCGAGGAGAUGGAAAAGAAAAAACUGAAGGUUUCUGUUCCAAAAUUUGAUAAGGUUCCUUGGCUUAGUGAGACCAGCCACAUGAACAAGCCAUUAGUUCUCAGCCUCCCCAGAAGGUCUGCGCAUCCCUUUACUACUUUCCUGGCUUCCACCUGGAAGGAUGAAGGUUUGCCCACUUUGUUUCAAGUUCCGGAUGUCUCAUCGAAGGCCAGGAAGAACCAGCGUGACCCCCUGUCACUCAGACAUAAGAGGCUGUGCGCCGCAUGUCAAGAAAAAAAAAUGGUACAACCAGGAGCUGUGAUCAAUCCAGAGUAUCUGAAACUAUCCUUUGAGAAUUUUGUGAGCCAAAGAAUGAUGAAUCUUCAUCAAUGCGGAUCCCAGACUGAACCUAAACCUUCCCGUGAGAACAUGGCAACAGAGAGCGUUCCCUGCAAACUGCCCAUUCUGGGCCCCAGGACAGCUGUCUUCUACGGUAUGCUGUCAGAUGCCUACAAAGCUCUUGAGAAGAAUCAACAUUCUCUCAUGUCCAGAAAGGACCCUGGGGCAAGACAAUGACACAGAGGCAACGGCCUUUUGAAAUUCCAAAUCCUGACUAACUGGACCAACAUGUGAGAACCAACUGGACCAACAUGUGAGAACCAACCUCUGUGCCAACUGUACUUGAAGAAUGGACUUCAGAAAUCCCAAACAAAUGACCUCACGCCUAAACUGACCUCAAUUCUUGCACAAAAACAAACCAACCCAAACAGAAAACUUGUUUUAUUCCCUAUAUUCCUUGUGUACUGAUACUUGCUUUCAGUUCAGCUGGUGUUCAUAACGGGGCCCACAGAUUCUGGUAUCAUUUCAGAUCACCAGAUACACAGCCCAGCUAGCAGCACUUCUUUUGUUUUUUGAGAAUUCUUUUCCUUUGUUUUUAUAAAUCAAUAUAUCCAGUGAAAGAAUUUAGAGUAUCGACCCAUGCAUUAGGGAAAAUAUGUGCCUCAGAUACAAUUAUUUAGAGCUUUUGCAGUAAGCUGAAUGUUGUGUGCAUAGUGAGAUAAAAUGCUUCCUAAAUCUCACUGUGAUUGUUGCACCUAGAACACCAGCAAAUUUCCAACAUCCCGUCAAAAAGAAUAAUAUCCUAGAGUUCUCUAGUAUGAAGACAGAGUAUUAUAGUUAGAUAUUAAAUGUCUCCCAAAGCACAUGUAUGAAGGCUUGGUGACCAGCCUGUGGCACUAUUGGGGAGACACUCCAGCCUUUAGGAGUUGGAGAUGAGUAGGAAGAAGUUAGGCCAUCACUCUUUACUGCUAGGAAUGGACAGAAAUGCUGAACUUGGGGAAAGCCAUGCUGCAGCUUUCAGAGAAAGAAGACAGGAGGGAGGGAGGUUCAGGGGAAGCCUGUUGGGGGCCUGUUGGCUCCGGGGCUAGUGACAUUCCAUUCUGGAGCUUCCCAUUAUCCAGAAUAUGUCGAGAAACUACACAACUCCAUGUAUCCCAAGUGUGCUAAGUUUGACAGAACCAUUUCCUCCUAAGGAAUGUCCUGUUCAUAAUGUCUUAUUGAGGUGAAGCUACUCAGGUUGAGGGAGGUCUUAGGGGUGAAAAGAGCCUUGCCCAGCAGUAUAUAAUGUUGACAAGGGGAAGAAGCAGCUUGGGCCAUGUUUCUAUUAAUAAACCUAUAACAAAUUCCUUAAGAAUCAAGUUAAAUUAGAAACUUUAGGAAUGGAUAACAUUAAACUAACCCCUAGAGAAAACUGGGAUGAUGAAUCCUGUUUCAACCAUGUUCCUCUCAAAGCCAUCUUAAUUUGGCACUUUAUUAAAUAUCAUCCCUAUUUCAUGCAUGUUAACUUUUGAGGAAAAAAAAAACUAUAACUUAAUGAGAACAAGAACCAUAGCACCCUUACACCAAUCCCUGUAGGAGACACGCAGCUUAUACUUGAGAGACUUUUCAAAUGAAGAAUAGUCAAUUCCUAGGCCUAGAAGCAAUAUGAAAAAAUACAAACUGAGAUCCCUAAAUAUGGGACCGUGAGGCUACAGAGGGUUUGUUUAGGAGGUAUUAGGAUUCGGCCUUUAAGGAGGGGAUUUCACUGCUCGUGAGUUACGAAAUGAACACCAGUAACUACAGAGAUAACACUUUCUAUAUCACUAACUGUCCAGCUCUCUGGACAGGAACAAAAAAGCAAUUGUGUAACCUUAUCAGGAAAAAUGAUCAGAGGAGAAAUAGCCAUAUUUAUCCACACAGAAUGCUUUCUCUUGUUCUUUGCAAAGCCUUCAACAUGACAUUUAACUACCUGGCCAAGGGAGUGCAGAAAAGCAAAAUAGGCUCCAGCAUGUGUCUGCUAUUUCAGGGAAAACUUCUCCCUAAACCUCUUGGGGUCAUCCCUGACUUAAUCAUGAAUAGGAUUAUCCUGUGGGAUGUCACAUAGUCAGAAAGUCAGGAAACCCUUAUUUCCUUGUUUCUCAUCUUGAGAAAGUUUCUCAUCUUGAGAAAAAUGCAUAAAGAGGAAGAUGAACAUAAAAACAAGAGAUUUUUGUAACACUAGUUUGCUCUACAGAGUGACACUAAAUGGCUGGAGGACAGAAAUUGGCAGAGAGGAUUUUGCAGAAUGUUCCCUUAUUUGUUCUUUGAAUUCUGAACCAUUUGAAUGUUUUACUGACUCAAACACAGAACAGGAUGAAAAAAAAAACUUUAAUUUUAAAGUUGCCAGAAAGCUAAUCUAGCUUUGGAAAUGGAAACCCAAAAAACUAUUAAUGUAACUGUCUUCCUGACACUUAAACAACAUGGUCCUUGACUACUACAAAGUUCAAGCAAGUUUCCAGUUCCAAGAAUACAUUUUAUCUCUGGCCCUUUGAAGUUUUGCCACCUAAAUGCUAGUAUCCACUCCUAGAAACAAAUAUUUACUGCUUUUGUAAUAUUUUACACUUUCAAAGCACUUUUUCUUUCCCUCUCUCUUUCCACCAAAUGUAGCAUUGUUCUCCUGUCAUUAAAUGAAAGCAACAAUGUUUUAUAGGAUGCUUUCCAUUUGAUACAUGCAAUCCUUCCCCAGAGCACUUCUACAAAAAUUCUUCAUUUGAUUGA